AAUCAGGAUCAUGCACAGUUUUUAUUGGUUGGGGGCAAAGACCGGCGUCUUUCAAAUGACGUCAUCACGCACUCAUCCGACCUGUCCUUGAAGCCACAACACAGGCAAGAUGGUCGCAUACUGGAGACAAGCAGGCCUCAGCUACAUCCGCUUCUCCGCUAUCUGCGCCAGCGCGUUGCGGGCUGCGAUGAAGCCGCAGUUCAAAGCCGAGGCACUGAAGGCCGCAGAAGCCAACGUCAAGGUCCUCAAACCCAAACCAGCAGCAUGAUUUGAGGCUGUGAUUUAGUUAGUUUUCCCGAGUUGUGAGGUCCUGUCUCUGUUCUAUCCUGCACAUUGUGCAUGAGAAAGAAGGAAAGAUGGAUGACAUCAAGAUGACCUGAAUGAAAUCGCUGUAUUUUCUCUUUCAUUUGUAAUUAAAAUUGUAUUAAAGAUGGAUAUCGGAAAUA